AACGACAUAAGGGAGAAUCAAGAGUCAAGACAGCCCGAGUCAAUUAAUACAGCUUAAACAUGUAUUUUAAGAUGAUUGUGGCGUUUCUGGCGGUGAUGUUGGCCGUGGCGAGCGCUGGGCUGGUUGGAGGUCCUAUAGAUGCAGACAUGAACGACGACGGAGCUCAGAAUGCGUUACAGUUUGCAAUGGUCCAGUACAACAAGCAAAGCAAUGAUGUAUUUGUGCGUCAGGUUUCCGAAGUCGUCAAGGUUCAAAAACAAGUUGUCUCGGGCCUGAAAUACAUCUUCACUGUGAAAGUGGCCAGAACAUCUUGCAGGAAGGGUGGAGUUGAGACCCUGUGUGUCGUUCAUGAGGACCCUGCUGUUGCAGACGUCACUCAGUGCAAAAUAGUGGUCUGGAGCCAGCCAUGGUUAAAAUCAAUUAAAGUAGUUGAAAACACCUGCAUGUAGAGCAUGUUUCUAGUGCAGUUUGAGGCUUUUUAACAAUCAUGCAGCAAUAAAAUUGACUUAUUGCUAAUUAUGGUAAACUAGUCUUUACUAUUCAUAAAAUAGGAAUUUGAUUUGUCAUGAUAACCUUUGAUGUCAACAACAAAUCAUGAUAUAAGAAUGCUUAACUAACACAAUAAUCAUGUAAUCUCAUUAGACUCAAUUGCUUUGAAAAAAUCUACGAUUUGUAAGAAUUUCUAAAUAAUAAACUGCAUUUUCCAAUAUUUGUUCAUCCUUUACUUAUUAAAACAUGGUUGAAUGAGA